AUUCUUUUUUGUUCUUGCUUGUCCUUUUAAGAAAUCUUUGCUUCAGGUGCCAUCAGGAAGCCCUAACAGGCCAUAAGAAAAAAAUUAACUCUAUGGUAAAAUGUUGAAAAAAAAUUGGAACCCUCUCUCCCCCAAUGACAAGUUGGUUAAAUUUUAAUGACUGCUUAAUGAUGAUUAUUCAAAUAUACUCUCUAUUGUUUUCCUCUGCUCUAACAAUUUUUGCUCCUGUUCUUGAGCUCAAGGAGAAAGCUGAGCCUAAAAAUCUAAGACCAUUAAUUUUAUAUUGAGUUAAAGAGCUUUAGUCUGAAUUUUUUUUGGUCGUGAAAGUUUUUACAGAGUGUAAUUUGUCAAUAAAGACACAUGGUGGUGCUGCAGAAUAGGAAGGCGAUUAAAAGAACUGCAAAUCCUGCAGGCUCCAUUAACCUAAAUAUAACAAAGACAGUUCUGGAAGACAAGAUUGCGGGGCUUAAACAGAACCAAGAGGUUUCCAUAAGGACUAUCCUGAAUUACAAAUAAGGACUUUAUAGUUCCUUCCAAGAAACUUCCAAGAAAUAUUGAUUGUAUCAGAUGUUUCUCUUGCUGAAAGGAUUACGUAUUGUGCACCCAGCCAAACAAUGGAGACUGCACCAGAGAAAACUCAGCGGAACAGGCAAGUGAUAUUUCUUAUUAUAGUUUUUCUCUUGUCUGAGGCGCGUUCGGAGUUGGGCAGGUUUUCUGUGGCAGAGGAGAUGGAGAGCGGCUCCUUUGUGGCCAAUGUGGUAAAGACCCUUGGGGUGGGAGUGGGGGAAUUGUUAGCCCGGAGGGCCCAGGUGCUCUCUGAGGAUAAAAAACAGCAUUUACAGCUCAAUCGUGAGACAGGAGACCUUCUUAUAAAAGAGAAACUGGAUCGGGAGGAGCUGUGCGGCUUCACGGAGCCCUGUGUGCUGCCUUUCCAGAUCUUACUGGAAAACCCUUUACAUUUCUUCCGGGCUGAGCUCCAGGUCGAAGAUAUAAAUGACCAUUCGCCCACAUUUUUAGAUAUGGAGACAUUUUUGAAAAUACCAGAAGGUACCACACUGGGAACAACGUUUCCCCUGACAAUUGCGCAGGAUAUGGAUGUCGGAAAGAAUGGUCUCCAAAACUACACAAUCAGCCCUAACUCCUACCUCUUCCUUCACACUCGCACUCACAGUGAUGGGAGGAAGUACCCAGAACUGGUGUUGGAAAAAGCUCUGGAUCGUGAGGAACAGCCAGAACUCACAUUAACCCUCAUGGCCACGGAUGGUGGGUCCCCAGCAAGGUCUGGGACCGCCCAAGUGCGGAUCACUGUUGUGGACAUCAAUGACAAUACACCUGUGUUUUCUCAGUCUCAGUAUGAAGUGCAGAUUCCCGAGAACAGCCCCUUUUGUUCUCUGGUUGUAACUGUCUCUGCUCGAGAUUUAGACGCUGGUAUCUAUGGAGAUAUAACUUAUACCUUAUUCCAAGCAACUGCAAAAGUCAGUCAAACAUUUGGAGUAGACCCUAUCUCAGGAGACAUUCGACUGAAAAGAGCAGUAGAUUUUGAGGAAAUUCAGACAUAUGAUCUAUAUAUUGAGGCCAUAGAUGGUGGAGGCCUUUCUACGAAAUGCAGUGUCUUGGUCCAUGUGACAGAUCUGAACGACAACCCCCCAGAACUGACAAUGUCUUCAUUUACCAGCAAUAUUCCAGAGAACUCCUCUGAAACCGUGGUUGCUGUUUUCAGCAUCCGAGAUCAUGACUCUGGGGACAAUGGAAGGAUGACUUGUUCCAUCCAGGAAGAUCUCCCUUUUGUCUUGAAACAGCAAUUUGAAAAUGUCUACAUCCUUGUAACAGAGGAAGCACUGGACAGAGAGAAUAAGGCAAAGUACAAUAUUACCAUUACUGUCACGGAUUUUGGGUCACCAAGACUCAAAACUGAGCAUAACAUCACAGUGAUCAUCUCCGACAUCAAUGACAACCCACCAAUAUUUAAUCAGACGGCCUAUACACUCUACCUCCGGGAAAACAACAGUCCUGCUCUCCAUAUUGGCAGUGUCAGUGCCAGUGACAGGGACACAGGGACCAAUGCCAAAAUCACUUAUUCACUGCUGCCUCUUGAGGAUGAAAACCUGUCCCUCUUCUCCUAUAUCUCCAUAAACUCAGACAAUGGAAAUCUUUAUGCCUUGAGAUCCCUGGAUUAUGAAGCCAUACAAACUUUCUGGUUCACCGUGAGGGCAACUGAUGGUGGUUCCCCAGCACUGAGCAGCAAGGCCCUCAUUCAUGUUGUGGUCCAGGAUGAGAAUGACAACUCUCCCUUUGUGCUUUACCCACUGCAGAAUGGCACAGCCCCCUGCAAUGACCUGGUACCCAGAUCUGCAGAGUCAGGUUACCUGGUGACCAAGGUGGUGGCCAUGGAUGGGGACUCAGGACAGAAUUCUUGGCUUUCCUACCAACUGCUUAAAGCUCCUGAUUCUGGACUUUUCACUGUUUGGGCCCAUAAUGGAGAAGUGCAUACAGCAAGACCCAUUAGUGACAGAGAGUCUAUCAAGCAGAAGCUCCUGGUGCUGGUGAAGGACAAUGGACAACCGCCUCUAUCCACAACAGCCACACUGAAUGUGAUUCUGGUGGAUGGCUUCUCUGAACCAUACAUUCACCUCUCAGCUGCACCCAAGGAACAGGCCCAGACUGACUCUCUCACCAUUUACUUAGUUAUUUCUCUGGCCUCAGUGUCUUUUCUCUUCCUGGUCUCCAUAAUCCUGUUCAUCUCAGUACACCUUUGGAGGAAAAAAAGAGAUACUUUAAACAGUGGCUACUUUGGACCCCAUGGACCCUCAUCAGGUCACUUGAUGGAUGUCAAUGGAACUGGGACCCUGUCCCAGAGAUAUCAAUAUGAGGUGUGCCUGACUAGUGGCCUGGGGACCAGUGAGUUCAAAUUCCUUAAGCCCAUUAUUCCCAGUGUACAAGUGCAGGGAUGUGGAAAGGAUUUAGAGGAAAAUCCAUCCUUUCAGAAUAGCUUUGGCAUCAAUUAAUUACCCCACCAAUGACCCCACCCUAUCUAAACAAUGCAUUCCAUGAAGAUAGUUUAAAAUGAUUUUUUAUUUUUUCUUAUUAUGUUGUACUAUAACUAACUUUUUGUGUUUCAUUUUGUUCCAUAUAAUCAGUAGUUUAGUGAAGUAAUGUAUUAAACUUGUUUCCUAGACACUUAACACUUUCAUACAUAUAGUCUGUAGUCAUUUUAUUUAGACUUGGAAGGGACGUUAGAUGUUAUAUAGUCCAACUCCUUUAUCUUACAAAUCAGGAAACUGAAAGCCAGUGAAGUUGAGUGUCUUCUAAGGACAGAUCUAUUGCUUGUUGCUAGUAGAAGGAUGUGGCAUUUUUACAACACCUUAUGUUAUUGUUAUUUUAACAUAAUGAAGCACAAACGUUUUCACAUUUCCAUUGCAAAUGAAGGUUUGGCACUCUCAUCAGCAGUACAUAUUCUAAAAUUGGAAUUAUAUAAUGUUGAAGAGUGUGACUGCUGCUCAAGGAUGACAAAAUCAUUGAGUACCCCCAUAUUUUGGAUAAAACAUUUCACAUAUCCUUCUGGCUCUUAAUUUUCCCCAUGCCUUUAUAUCACACAUGAUAUAGGAGCUCCUGUGGAAAAUGCAUUAUGUUUUCUACAGUUUCUAAAUAAUAUUUCGCUGAGCUUUUAAAACCAUGGAUUAAGUAGUUACAGAAAUUAUAAUUUCAAUCUUAUGGUAUUUUCAGGUUUUUUUUUUUACCUCUUGUAUUUUCUACUGUAAUAAUGUAAAUUAAGGUCUUCUACAAUUGAUAGUUCAUUUUAUCACUGGUUGUCCCUAUGGAAUGUGUUUACAAAAU